UGCUUUUACUUGAGUUGGAGUUAAAAUAAUAUUUUGUAGUUUGACAGGAGUAAAUAUUGUAAGGAAGGAAGUGGAUUUUUCAGGGAAGGACAUGAGAUCUCCGAAUUGUCAGGAAAGGACUCUCCGGCCAACUAUAAAUACUUAUCACUUUCCAACCCACAAAAUGCCACCACUGUCCAAAUUCUUUGGCCAAACUGUUUUUUUUUUUUUUUUUCCUUCAUUAUUUUCCUCUGUUUUCUUGGGUUUCUCUGCUGCUUCAGGUUUGAUUCAGGAUGACCAUCCUCAUUGAGCAGCCUGAAUUUGGAGUUGAAGUUGGAACUGAGGCAGGGGAGAAAAAGGUGUUUGAAGAGGAGAAGGAAUUGGUGUUGGAUGACGGAUUAUUUGUGGUGCCACAUACCAACUCAUUUGGACAGACAUUUAGGGAUUAUGAUGCAGAAGGUGAGAGGCAACCAAGUGUGGAGAUUUUCUACCAGAUCAAUCACAUCAACCAGACUUAUGACUUUGUUCAGAGAAUGAGAAAAGAGUACAGCAAAUUGAACAGGGUGGAGAUGAGCAUAUGGGAAUGCUGUGAGCUUCUGAAUGAGGUUGUGGAUGAGAGUGAUCCGGACUUGGACGAACCUCAAAUCGAGCACUUGUUGCAAACAGCUGAAGCCAUUAGAAAGGACUAUCCCAAUGAAGAUUGGCUGCACUUGACUGGCCUCAUCCAUGAUCUUGGGAAGGUGCUUCUUCUUCCUAGAUUUGGGGAGCUUCCUCAAUGGGCUGUUGUCGGUGACACAUUCCCAGUUGGCUGUUCUUUUGACCAAGCCAAUGUUCAUCACAAGUAUUUCAAGGAAAAUCCUGACUACUAUAAUCCUGCUUACAACACCAAAUUUGGAGUUUACUCAGAGGGAUGUGGACUCGAAAAUGUAAUGAUGUCGUGGGGGCAUGACGACUACAUGUAUUUGGUGGCCAAGGAGAAUAAUUGCACUCUACCCUCAGCAGCUCUGUUCAUCAUUAGAUACCACUCAUUCUAUGCUUUACACAGGGCAGGAGCAUAUAAGCACUUAAUGAACGAAGAGGAUGUCGAAAACCUGAACUGGCUUCACGUAUUCAACAAGUAUGACCUUUACAGCAAGAGCAAGGUACGGAUUGAUGUUGAGAAGGUGAAGCCAUACUAUCUCUCUCUCAUUGAAAAGUAUUUCCCUUCCAAGCUAAGAUGGUGAAACUUCCCAGCUCUGCCAUUUGAUGAGUAAUGAGGGUGUAUAAUGUACCAGCACCUUGCUAACUAGCUGUACACAGAAGACGAAAUUUCGAGUUGUAGCUGCAUUUCCUUGUUAUUUCAUAAAAGUUUUCAUGUAAAAUUAUCUUUCAUGUAUUGUGUAUGUGAGCUAUUAUUUAGAUUGCUUAAUAAAACUUCAGCAUGGUGAUGUCAGUGAGG